GGUUCCCAAGAUGGCGUCGGCCAUGAAACUCAGUGCUGCGGUGCCAUGAAAACACGUCGUGAUGGAACCCUGGAUUUACUACCUACCUGUUUAACACCUGGAUUCGUUACCCGGACACGCAUACAUACGCGCAUACAACUGGAAAACUAGGAUACAUUCAGCUGUGUUGUUGCAGUUUUUUUCAGUUGUGACAAACAAGUUCUGUAGUGUAAAAAUAAGUUGGCAUAAUCCCUCUAAUUUAACGAAGUUUUUUUAUGAUUUUCAUGAAGAUUAAGGUGACUUCACACCAUACAACAAUGUGUUGUUGUCCGUGCGAUAGGCUCUUAUUCAAGGGAAGCAACUUGACAUCAGUAGAAGAACAAGACGCUUUGACAACUGAUUAAUAUUUUUUCAGAUUUUGUUUUUGGUAAAAAAAAUAAUUUCUAACUAGUUUUGGCGAGUUUUAGAAGUGGACAAAAAGUGAUGACGUCAUAUGUGUACCGCCUCAAUGAGUGACCCCCAAAUGGCUGUGGUUUUAAUUAAUUGAUUCUGUUCGUCGCGCGGGUCGCCCAAUGACGUAAGUCGGUGAUUAAUAAGACAAUACAAUCAAAUUUUUUAAUUGCAGUUGAACAUUUUAGAAAAAAAAAAGUUUAGUUGCUGACUGCAGGGGUCAAGAAAAACAUUAGCCGCUGGCUGGAGCAUACAAUUUAUUUGUGUAGUUUUUACAACACUUGCAAGAAGCGCUGGGCCGUACCUCUGUGCCGAUAAGGAUGUUUACAAGCCUCGGGAAUUUCCGAUGAUACGGUCACAUGACCGUCUCGCCCCGCUGGAGGAGACCGACAGUUCGUCGUCUGCUUCAAGCUCGGGGAACUCAGGGACUCAGUCCGCGCCUGGUUCCCGUCCUAACGGUACACCUGGCGACCAGCAGACGACCAUGACUUCCGAUUUGUCCAGGAACCAUAGCAGCUACACCGGGUUGAGUACUUCCGGUUCCGGCAACGCCAUGAGACCAAACAACAGCAGCCACAAUUUCACAAACAGCGGGAACCAUUCCGGAAAUAUUUUUCCGUUGACUAAACCGGAUUCGAUCCCGCAUACAUCCAUUGUCUCAUCUUCCUUGCCGGCUCCGACGUCCCCGCUUUGUCCGGAGACGGCUCCGCUUUUGCCGGCCUCCCCUCCGGCUAGUCCGGACAAUGCGGAAGUCGUGAAAAUGAAACAGGAAAUCGAUGCGAUGGUGGCCAAAAACAUGAGCACACCCCACUCGUCCCUGCCGGACUUCAACACGCUCAAGUCGGCCAUGAAACACGACGACCCGAAGAAAGGGAAGCGGAAGUUGAGUCUGCUGAACACGGUCAUGCGCCGAGUGAGCAUACACCGGAGGGAGUCCACCCCGGCUGGGAGGAUCGCCACUUUCUUUUUCGGGGCCACGGAGGAUGCGAUGAAGGAGGAAGAGAGCGGGGAGGAAUCGAAAAAUGAGGACACUAGAGAUACAGACAAGUCACAUGACAACGGUCACUUUCAUGGGGAGAAGUCGCCAGUCGAGAAAAGAAGGGCUCAGGUGGCUGUUCUCAAAGAAAAUCUUUUCCUCAUUCUCACUGGCCUAUACGGUAUCGUAAUCGUCAUAUUAGGAGCUGUGAUACCUCUGACGGAUAUUUUUAUGACGAAUACCUACCAUGCAGCAUUCGAGGUGUUCUAUAUUUAUCUCUACGUAGUCAGCAUUGUCUUUCUCGUCUACGUCUACGCCUACCUACUACGGCGCAACCGUCUGAAGACCGAGUUCCUGACCCGGACCCUAUCUAGGUCGAUGUCAUGGACGCGGUCCUGGGCCAAGUCAUGGGCCAAGGCUGACGAGUCAGCCAAGAGCAAGCUGAGGAAGAGGAUGAUCUCACUUGAUAUGGCCAACCAUCACACAGGGACCUUUUACCUCAGGCUGGGGGUGCUAGGGUUCGGCAUCGGCUCCAUGAUCCACAGCGGCCUGACUUUUGGCUCCUACUUUGCUGGGGGUGAUGACGAGUCUUGUACUGAGAGCGCCCUAAAGGCCAUCGAGCCUUUGUUCCACCUGGUCUUCACCUUCUUCCAACUCUACUUCAUCUUCAUGAACUCCAAGAUGUGCAUCCACCGGUACAAGACGCUGGGCAGGUUCGGGCUGAUGCACAUGUGCGCCACCAACAUCUGCGUGUGGUUCAGCAGCAUCGUGGUGGAGACCCUCCACGUCAUCCACGAGCACGAGCACCACAGCCACGCCCAGCACGCGGCGGAUCACGCCACGGAUCACGUCACGGAUCACGCCACGGAUCAUGCCACAGAUCACGGAGCGAGUCACGGCGACAUCGGCCACAAGCCGGUUCAUUACGCCGUGAACACGACCGUGAAGGCCGGCCGGAAGUUGUUGGCUGCGGUCGCCGCCUCUGCAGCUGCCCACGACGCCAACGACACCGACCCCUGCAGGUGGUCGGGCAUGAUGAACCAGGCAGUGGAGGCAGCCGGACCUUACCUGUACCCGUGUACCAUCGAGUACAGUCUCAUGUGCGCAGGCAUCCUGUACAUCAUGUGGAAGAACGUGGGCAACAAACCCCGCCGCCCCCGCCAGUCCGAGCUGGAGGAAGACGACGACGAACAGCGGCUGCACAGGAUGAGUGUGGACUGCACGAGCAGCAGCCGAGGGCUGUUCCUGGGCAUCCUGCUCAUGGUGGGCACCAUCAUCUCCAUCAUCGCCUUCUACAUGCUGGUCAACAAGCCGGAACUGCACUCGUCGGCCAUCAUCUUGACCCACACUUCUGAGACUUUCAUCUACCUGGUCACGUUGUUGGCCAUCAUACUGGCCGCCAUCAAGAUGAAGAACUUGACCUUCCACAACGAACACGAGGCUGACCUUGAAGACAUCCUCAUUCUCAUUUCCUACACGGGUCUUCUUGCUUUUAUCAUAUUCAGCCUUGUGGCGUCCAUCAUGCAUGACGCCGACACGCGGUCAGCCCUGACCAUCUUGUCCAACGUGACCAUGCUCAUCCAAUCAACGGCUCAGACCAUUUUCAUGUUGGCUGGGGACCGGAUGACGGCAGCCAAUGAAAUACAGGAGUCAAAGAAAGCUGGAAGGGAGUUCAUCACAUUUUUGCUGAUAUCGAACUUUGCUAUGUGGGCCGUAAAUACCUUCGAGACACAGACCCCUCACCAUAACCCCAUACAGGUGGAGUUCUACGGGCCAGUGGCCUGGGCCAUCUUCACCCACAUCAGCGUUCCCCUGGGGAUCUACUACAGGUUCCACUCCACCGUCUGCUUCAGCAACAUUUGGAAGAACGCAUGGAAGAGGAGGAAACACGACCAUCAUUAAGUUGGUCAACUUUAAGUUGACCAUCAUUAAGUUGGUCAACUUUUAGCUGACCAUCAUUUAGUUUACCAAUGUUGACCAAUGUUGACCAUGACCAUCAUUUAGUUCAUCAUCAUUCAGUUGACCAUCAUUAAGUUGACCAUUCAGUUGACUACUAUUUGGCUGACCAUUAAGUUGACCAGAAUUUCUUUCACCAUCAUUGACCGCGACUAUCAUUAAGCUGACAUCCAUUGACUGUUCCAUGUAUGCAACAAAUCUGUUGGAACAUUGACCUCUCUGUAUAAGCAACGAAUCUGUUGGAUAUGUUCUAUUCACUUCAUGUAUAGUUGUGUCAAAAAAGUUAAACAUUCAGGGUUUUUAUGUAGAAGUUUUCAAGUCUGGCACAUUUUAAAUGUCAAUGUGUGUAUUUAUUUUAUUGCAGAAUUUUGCAGGAGUUGUUUUUUUUUAAAUUGUUUCUAUUUUUUCAGACCUCUGAUUUAAUUUAUUUACAAAACAGCAACAGAUAUUCAUUCAUAGCAGCUCAUAUCUGUGAUAUUUUGUGAGAGAUUGUGAGUCCCAAUGUGAAAUUUUAGUUUUUUUUUUAAUGGUAGAUUUUAUAAAUGGUAUAUACGUGGUUAUGUCCCUUAUUCAGUUUAAAUCAUACAUGGGAGGAGAGCCAGUACGACAUUUAUAAUGCAAUGUUACAUUUAAAUAAAAGAUUAAAAAUAGUAUCAUUUUUUUUUCUUCAUCCAGUGUGUUCUAACUGUAUACUAUUUGUAUUCCUUUCGUCAAUGUUAAAAUGUAUACUAAAAUUAUGAUUUGUUCAGAAGUAAUUAAAUAUGACUUGCCAUUUUGUUUUAAUUUUGUGUUCCAUUUUUUUCCCCAUAUGUAAAUAACAGCGUCUUUCAUUCAGAAAACAUUUAUAAAAAAUUUUUUAUAUAUUUUUUGGUAUUUAAAACAACUUGUACCUUGUUAUGUGGCAAUGUAUAGAAGGUGUGUGUUCCCGGUUUGGACUUUUCCCUUCCGACCAGUGUUUCUUCCAGACAUUUUUCUAAUCGGUCCAUUUUUAGUAUGACUAGGUUGUUUUUUUUUAAAUCUUCAGCAAAGGGAGAUAAAUUUCUCGAAAUGACAAUUUCCACGUAUAAUGAAAAUGUAUGUAACUCAGCAAGGUGCUAGGUUAACGACUAGGAACUAUAUGUAUAAUUUAAUUGUAUAACUUACUUUUAUGUUAUGAACAAUCAUGUUACCCCUUGUCACGAAUAUUUUGUUCACCUUUUUUUGUACGCUGCAUCAUCAAAUGACUUGAAUUUUUUUUUUCAUUCUCAAAUUUGUACACAGAUUAACCAAGAUGUUUGUAUUUAUAUUUUUUUUUUACGAUUGUGUUGCAACACAAAGAAAAUGUUAUUAAAUAAAUUAUUCAAACUGAA